AAGAUUUCGCUCCAAUAGAUUUGUUCGCUAUCACACCGGUACUGCCACGGUAGCCUGCAGGCACGCACUCAUAAUCGAGUUUGCAACACCUACCGCUCCACGUUUGCACCAGGCGCACAACGCAUCAUGUCGCUUUGGGGAUAUAUUAUUGCAAACACCUCCAGCAGCCCCGCGCGGCUGCUGGGCUUCGGCGCGAUGCUGAUGGCGGGCACGUUCGUCGUUGGCUCUAUGUUUAGCAGCGCCAUGAGCACGGGGCCGCUUGACGCCAAACAGCAAAAGAUCCUGACGGAGCAGAUGACCUACGAUAACAAGCGGUUGGCGUCUGCCCAGCAGCAGCGCCUAAGCAGCAUGCUCCGGGAAAUUGGCGAGGGGCGUGGCGACGAUCACUGGAACGCAGUCAUGCGGGGCACGCUCAAGCCGCACCCGCAGGCGGAAAACAAGACUGAAGGCCUGGACCGGGAGCGCCUUGCCAAGGCGCUGGCAGCCGCCAAGCAGUAGACCAACAACCCUCGGACAUGAGCAAGACAAAAGCUUUAACGCUUGA